AUGCCAAAAAAAUCAAAUUCAUUUUCUGAUUUAAAUCUGAUAGAAGCCAUAAAGGCAGUAGACAAUGGAAUUUCUAAAAAAGCUGCUGCCAAACAAUUUGGAGUUGCUAGGUCAACUCUACAAUUUAGAAUAAAACAUAGGGAUAAAGAAACAUUUUCAUGUGGACCUUCAAGUGUUUUGAGUGUUGAAGAAGAGAAAUCACUUGUUAAAUGGCUUCUAGAUUGUUCUAAAAAAGGAUUUCCUAGGCGACGUGAGGAUCUACAACAGAGUGUUAAAUUGUUUUUGGAUGACCAGGGAAGAUCUAGUCCGUUUACUAAUAAUUUGCCUGGAAUUACUUGGUAUAAAGCAUUUUUAAAAAGAAAUCCUAUAAUUUCACAAAGAACCAGUGAGCAUGUGACUUCUGCUAGUGGAAAUGUGAGCGAAGAAAAUAUAAAAAAAUGGUUUAGUGACAUUCAUGCAUAUUUAUCUGAUGAAAAAUUGGUAGAUAUUUUAAAUGACCCAGAAAGAAUUUUCAAUGGUAACGAAACUGGUUUUUCACUCUGCCCUAAAACCAAAUCUGUCUUAGGCCCAAGAGGGGCUAAAGAUAUUUAUGAAAUCGCUAAAGGGAAUGAAAAAGAAAAUAUUACUGCCAUGUUUACAUUUAAUGCAGCUGGUCAGAUGUGUAAUCCAAUGAUCAUUUAUAAAUAUCAAAGAAUACCUCAAAAUAUAAUUGACACAAUACCACCUCAUUGGGGAGUUGGGCGGUCAGAUACAGGUUGGAUGAAAGCAGAAGUUUUUUAUGAAUAUAUAGCAAAUAUUUUCUACCCGUUUCUUGUUGAAAAAAAUAUUCAAUUUCCAGUUCUUCUUUUUGUUGAUGGGCAUAAAAGCCACUUAACAUAUCAAUUAAGUACUUUAUGUUCAGACUUAAAAAUAAUUUUAAUUGCAUUAUACCCAAAUGCAACCCGUAUUUUACAACCUGCAGAUGUAUCUGCAUUUAGGCCUUUGAAAUCUGGAUGGAAAAAAGGUUUAUCAGAAUGGCGAAAUAAAAAUCCACACAGUUCGGUGACAAAAAAAGAUUUUGCACCGAUACUUGAUGCUGUAUUAAAAACUACUGUUAAAAGUAGUACCCCAAUAAACGGUUUCAAAGCAUGUGGACUAUUUCCUUGGAAUCCAGAUGAAAUAGAUUAUAAAAAAUGCUUGGAAUUUUCUGAUAUUAUUGGCAUUGAAACGUUAGAAAAAUUUAAUAAUAUUGAGAACAUUGUUGAAACAGAAAAUCAAUCUGAAGAAUUUUUUAUUUUAUACAGAAUUUAUGAACAAUUAAAAGGUAAUCAACAGAACAGCGAAGUAGACCUUGAACUUGAAAAAGAAAAAUCUAAUGCAGAUCAGUCAAACUCUGCUAUUGUUACAACAAGUUCUUCUGAAGUGGAAUUAGAAAAAGAAAUUUUAUGGAUUCCAAUUAACCGCCCGGACACCCUAAUAAAAAACAAUAAAAAUCAUAUAAUUCUAAAAAAGUUAGAAAUAUCACCAAUUGAGUCAUGUUUGAUUUGGCCUGUGACUCCUGAAAGAAAAGGAUGUUGUAAAUUAUGUAAUACUGACAUAGAACAAUCAAACUUGGGUAUUGAAUGUAAUUUUUGCUGUGAUAAAUUCCACCAAAAAUGUGCCAACUAUGAUUCAUUUUGUGAUCUCAGUAGUGAUGAAACACUUUUUAUUUGCCAAAGUUGUGAAAAAUCGUGGGUGCCAAUAACUAAUGAUGAUAGUGCCAAUAACCUCAACAAUGGUGCCAAUAACUAA